AUGCAGAGGUGUGUGGACUGGGAGGUUGGGCGAGGUCCGAAUUUUGCUAUUAAUUUGUCUCGAGCGCUGGCCAAAAACAAGGGCAGUACGAACCCCCUUCGGUUGAACAAGAACUCCUCCAAGCAAACUAGCAAGAAGCCCCGAGACAUCGAAUCCCAGACUACUAUCCACAAAGAGAAGUUCGAUUUUCACGCCAACGAGGCCCGCAGAGAGCGAUACGAUGCCGAAAUCAUUGCCCUAGUAUCCCGUCCCACGGCGCUAAGUCUACCCUAUUCUACAGCACCAGCUAGAACCAUAUCCGACGCCGGACGUCGAUCACGGAAGACAGCAAGAAACCUGGUGAAUUUUCCGAGGAAGAUCAAAGGAGAGUUAGGCGAAUUCUUUGGCCGUACCGAUUCGCUCCAAGAGACCCAUGAAAUACUCAAUCCGCCUUUGGAUGGUUCGAACGCCUCGACGUCUUCUCUUUCUGAUUCCGAGCCGAUAGCAUGCGUGGUGCAUGGAAUGGGCGGUGUUGGUAAAACGAGGCUCGCACAGGAGUAUGCCCACCAGUAUUCCUCGGACUAUGAGUGGAUUUUUUGGGCGAGAGCGGAGAGCUCCACCGAACUCUUGAACUCGUACAACGCGUUUGCAAGGAAAAUAAAGAUCGAUGCAGCGGACCAGAAUACUAUCGAACGGGUGAGGGAUUGGUUCCAGACCACAGAGGAACGGUGGUUGCUCAUUUUCGACAACGUGGAGGAAUGGGAAGACAUCCAAAUUUACGUACCAGAAUCCACCAUAUGCUCUGGGUGUAUCCUCGUCACGACUCAGAAGCCUGGCGACGAGACCGGGUGGUCUGAACACAACGUCAAGCUGUGCCCAUUCGACACAACUCUGGGGUCGCGUCUCCUGCUUUCAAGCCUCAAAGUAGAAGGCUCAGAAGAGGAGAACAAGGAUCUGGCCGUGGAGAUUACCGAGAUCAUUUGGGGUCUUCCUCUAUAUCUGAACCAGGCUAGAGGCUUCAUAAACUUCUCAAAGAGUUCCUUGGAGGAGUAUCUCUCCCUGGUCCAGAAGACGAGCAGUAUUCCCAAGAACACUACCGCUGAUAAGAACCUCGGCUACGACAAACCUCCGAACGAAGCCUUCGACAUUACUUUGACACGUCUAACUGUGCACACGUUGGAUCUCCUUAACAUCCUAGCAUUUCUCAAUCCCGAGGGUGUGCCCGAAGAUAUGAUUUUCGUGGAAGAUCAGCCAGACGACGAGCUUGCCUUUCUGGACCCCUACGCGAAGUUGGAAAUGAUUGGCGACCUCGCAGAGUACCAGCUGGUAAAACGCGAAACCGCGGCAGGAGAUCCUUCUUUCAAUCGAGCUCUUAAACUUGUCACCGCGGUGUUGCCGAAACCGUCUCUUCUGCAGCAAGCGGACUAUAUCCUCUGGCCUUUGAUCGAGAAGUACCUUCCGCACAUCCAGAGUAUGGAGGUAGCUUACAGUCGAGCUAAGCCCAAGAUCGAUGGUUCCCUGGAGUUGGCCGAGAUGUGCGCUCAAUUCGGAAUGGACUUCUACGAUAGAGGUUUAAUCAAAGUAGGAGAGACGCUGAUGAGAACGGCGGAAAGUGUGCUGGACGCAAUAGGAUUCGAUCAAGCGAGUCCCAUUCGAACCAACAUCCAUAUCUGCAUCGGCAUGUACACCGAUACCCUCGGUAUCACCCGGCGCGACGAAGGUCUAGACCGGCGCAAGAAAGCUCUCGCGCUCCGCGAAUGCGCGUUGGAAGGUCGAAAUCCAUCGAUCGACGAGGGCAUCCUGCUUCAUAAUGCAGUCAUGGACCUCAGCUGCAGUUACCAACAGUUCAAUCGGUUUGACCAAGUCGAGAAGCUGUCUGAAAGAUUGUACCGGAAGGAAACUGCGAAAGCCGCCGAGUAUGCAGAGAAAGGAGCCGAUCUGAUGAAGGCUGCCGCAGCCGGAACGUUACUCACGACCGUAUACCGGUUCGAUUGGGCAACCUUCCUCUUUCAAGACGGCCGAGCUGAGGAAGCGAUUAAUGUUCAUCGAGAGAUUCUAGAAGUCAGGCUUACAAGAUGUGGGAAGACGAACGCUUUGACGCUGCAAAGUUAUCUGACACUGGGAAUCAUGUACUUCUUCCAAGGCGACUACACAGCGGCUGAGGAUAGCAUUCGGAGAGUUCUCAUCAACUGCCAGAAGGCCUACUGGCCCAAAGAGAACGCUGCAAGAGCGAAAUACUAUCUAUCCGAAGCCAAAGCCGUGCUGGACGAGCUCGUGCCCCUUCCGCAACAACGUGACUUGAUGAAUGGAAGGCUUGGGGAGGCGAAAGAAGCGGUGGCAUAUGACUACAUGGCUCCUUGGGGCUAUCGCGUCGUGGUCAAUCAAGAAUAG